AUGGGGCUUGUGUUGGCGUCCGUAGCGGUCAUGACGAAGAGGUAUGUCGCCCCUCGGAUAUCGCUCCUGUCCGUGGCGAUCACCUGCGCGGCGUGGCUGACCUCCCUCUCUGUGAUAUCUCUCGUCCCCAUCGAUGUCUACUCCACCGUAUCUGAGCGUCCGGUCCCGGCGCUCGACAUGCUUUGGACCAUUUCGUACUGGUCCACGCAGGUCCUGACAUGGGCUUUGAUCCCCAUCAUGCAGAACUACGUGGUGUCUGGCGCCUUCUCAGUCCUCAAGCGACUGGGAGAUGCACUGCACAGACUGUGGCUCUUCUAUCUGGUAAUCAUCACCCUGUGCAUCAUUGGUGGCAUCGUGGCACUGCUGACACACCGCCUUCAGCUCUCCACCGUCCCAGCCCUGGUUGUCACCCUGUCCAAUGCCUAUGGUCUCUUUGUCAUCAUAGCCCUGCUGGGCUAUGGCCUUGUGGAGGUGCCACGCACGCUGUGGCGUCGCUCCUUCCCUGAGUCACGCCUGAAGUGGCACUACCACAGGGUGGGUCGCUCCGCCGAGAAGCUGGCAGAUGCUUCGACGGAGCUGGAAAAGGUGCUCGCCAUCGCGCUGGCCACCACACAACAGAUCUCUCGGUCGGACGCACACCUGCGCCCCCUGUCAGAUGCAGUGGUCAAGUACCUGGAACUGUACUCCCCAGUGCACUUCACGGUGCUGGGCCGGCCGCGGGUCAACAUCGAUCUGCUGGACGAGUCGGACCUCGACUACGCUUCGGAUGAGGCGGGCCUCACACGGCUCCGUGCGCGCUGCAAGGCUGCCAUCGCCCACUUUGUGGGGUGCCGCGGCGAGUAUGUGAUCAACGCGCGGCGGGCAAUGCACCUCCAGGCGGCCCUGCUGGCGGUGGCCACCUCGGCGACCAUCAUCUGGGCGGAGGCCACGAUCGGGUCGGGGCGCAGCCCAGACCUGUCCCCCUUCUCGCUCGCGAUACACACGCGCGUCGCCAGGCGGGAGUUCCUGGAGCAGCUCAUCGUGGCGGCGCCGCUGGCAUACAUGUGCGCCUGCACCUACUUCUCCCUCUUCAAGCUGGGGAACUUUGGGUUCUAUCACAUGGUCCCUGGCGCGACAUGGUCGAGAUCACUCCUGCUGAGCGGCAGCUUGCUGGCGCGCUUUGCAGCCCCGCUCUGCUACAACUUCCUGCAUGUCAUCCGUAUGAACGAGUACCUCAAGGACGGACAGCAAAUGGUCUUCAUCGCCAAGAUGGGCAGUGCUUUCCAGGAUGUGCCCAUCCUUGGCCAGAGCUUCAACACCUGGUUCCCGCUCCUCCUGGUGGUCUAUGUUCUGCUCCUGACCUUCAACCUCUGGGAGCAGUGUGCUUCCAAGUUCUUCAUCUCAGAGGCCGUCCGAUUCGAUGUGGAGCGAGCAGAUGACGAGCACAGCAGCAAGGGGCAGCGGCUGGUGCUGGCGGAGCAGGAUGCACUGCUGCGGGGCGGUGCCGUGGGCGAUGGCAUUGACCUCUUUGGCGUGUCAGGCUCCGAAGGCCGUGACCCCUCUGCAGCGGCGAGUGCAGGCAGCGACCGGCAGCAAGUGGCGGUGCAGAUGGCGAUGACGGAAAAACGGGGUCGCUCGUCGCCGCACGCCGCGCACGCUGCGCCGCAGAUUGCGAGUGCGGGACGUAACAAGGACGAUGUGGCGCGCCCUGCCUCGGAAGCCCGAAUAGAUGACCUGUUUGGUGACCUGGGGGGGCGGCGCGCUUUUACUCCGGCGGGCACAGGGCCCGGGAACGGCGAACAGAGGCUCCUGCCCCCAGGACAGACGUCCAGCAGCAGCUUCAGCUGGAAGCUGCGCUGA